CGCAGCCAUGGCUUUUAAAGAUACUGGAAAGACACCCAUGGAGUCAGAGGUGGCCAUUCACCGAAUUAGGAUUACCCUCACCAGUCGCAACGUGAAAUCCCUGGAGAAGGUGUGUGCUGACUUGAUCAGAGGUGCAAAGGAAAAGAAUCUCAAAGUGAAAGGACCAGUUCGCAUGCCUACUAAGACCUUGAGAAUCACUACAAGAAAAACGCCUUGUGGUGAAUGUUCUAAGACAUGGGAUCGUUUCCAGAUGAGAAUCCACAAGCGACUGAUUGAUUUGCACAGUCCUUCUGAGAUUUUUAAGCAGAUUGCUUCCAUCAAUAUUGAGUCAGGAGUGGAAGUUGAAGUCACCAUCGCAGGUGCCUAUGGCAACUGUUUUAAUCUAUUACAUUUUUUAAAAUACAUAGAAGCUAGGGGUAAAAAGAAAUUACAAGAUUUUUAA